AUGGCCAGUGAUACGAUUAUUCCGGCGAUGGCACCGCCCGCCGGCCAGACAUCGAAUUUCGUCGACCCGCCAUAUACUGGCACAAAGUUCGUUGUUGUCAAUUGCGUUUUCUUGCCAUUGGCUUUCACUGCUUUGUGUGUUCGGACAUGGACUCGAGCUUUUGUCGUGCGUAGCUUCGGCUGGAAUGAUUAUUUAAUGGUCAUGGCUCUUACGCUAUCAUGCGCUCUAACUGGCGUGACAUUAGAGAUGCUGAACUGGGGAUUGGGCAAGCAUAUGUGGGAUGUCCCCAUGACUUCCUUGACGCCAUGGUUUAUGAAGCUCAACGUCAUUGCGGCUAUCCUCUAUUGCGCUGCUACCGGCUUCACCAAAUGCUCCGUCCUCAUUUUCUACCUCCGAAUCUUUCCUAGCCGGAACUUUCACAUCUGUGUUUGGGCCAUUGUGUUUAUUGCAGCUGGCUAUGCCAUUGCCAGCAUUCUCGCCAACAUCGUGAGCUGCAGUCCCGUCGCCAAGGCCUGGGACCUGACUAUUACAACUGGGCACUGUAUGAACAGGCCAGUCUUUUAUUUUGCCAAUGCCGGUCUGGGUAUCUUCACAGAUUUUGCGACUGUUGUGGUGCCGAUACCAUGGCUGCGUCGACUGCAAAUGCCUACGCGGCAGAAAAUCGCUGUCGGUGGUAUUCUGGCUAUGGGAUGCUUUGUUGGUAUUGUCAGCUGCAUCCGCCUGGCAUCGCUUUACGAGCUCCUAAAAAGCCCCGACCUCACCUGGACAACUACCAACGCACUCAUGUGGUGCACAAUCGAACUUAACCUCGGAAUCUUCGGUGGCUGCGUCACAGCGAUCAGACCGUUUAUCCGACGAUACUUCCCGCGCCUGCUGGGCCUGUCAUCCGGUGGAUAUCGCUCGGACUCCCGCAAGUACGAUCAUCAGCUCAGCUCAUUACCCAGCCAGAGGCCCGACUUCUCGGGCCGCGAUAAUCAGUACUCGGCAACACUCACCACGCUCAGGGCGGAUAAUGAUAGUGGGGAGCAUAUCCUGUCACAAUACCCUUCGAGCCAUGAAAAGGAUGCAGAUGGGCCCGCUGGCAUCGUUCGAACGGUCGAUUUUAAUGUGGAAAACUCCUCUCGCACGGAGCAAUGA